AAAGCUCCAGCCCACCGGAGUACUUUGCAUAAACUACCCGUCCUCUCCAUUUCCCUGCUUCACCGCCACAACCCUAAAGCCUUAAACGAGCGCCAAAAUGUCCGCCGCCUAUUUCAUCUCGCAUCCACCAAACAUCGCGAAGUUUCCCGUCCAUCACCGUACCUUCCAUUCCUCCUCCUCACCCUCGUUCCUCUCCUUCCAUCUCACCUCAAAUGCAGCAACUACAGCACUAACUCUAAGCCCGCGCGCCGUUCUCUCCCAAACCUCCUCCCACACUUCACCGCUCUCAACUACUUCCGGCGCUUCCAGCGGCUGCUUCACGAAAUCUCCGGAGGGUUACUUAAACUGCGAUGGCGUCCGCGUGCAGGACAUAAUGGAGGCGGUCGAGCGUCGCCCCUUCUAUCUCUACAGCAAAGAUCAGAUCACUCGGAACUUCGAAGCGUAUCGAGAGGCUCUUGAAGGCUUGGGAUCGAUCAUUGGGUAUGCCGUCAAGGCGAAUAAUAAUCUCAAGGUUCUUGAGCACCUACGGGAGCUGGGUUGUGGAGCGGUGCUUGUCAGUGCGAACGAGCUCCGACUCGCACUUCGUGCUGGCUUUGAUCCUACUAGAUGUGUAUUUAAUGGAAAUGGGAAGCUGGUGGAGGAUCUUGUUUUGGCUGCUAAAGAAGGGGUGUUUGUGAAUAUUGAUAGCGAGUUUGAUCUGGAAAAUAUUGUUAUUGCGGCAAGAAUAACAGGAAAGACGGUUCGAGUUUUACUUAGGAUAAAUCCAGAUGUAGACCCCCAGGUGCAUCCAUAUGUAGCGACAGGCAACAAGAAUUCAAAGUUUGGUAUUAGAAAUGAGAGGCUGCAAUGGUUCCUAGACACUAUAAAGUCUUAUCCAAAUGAACUAAAACUUGUUGGGGCUCAUUGCCAUUUGGGAUCCACCAUUACAAAA